AUGAAACACGAUGAUGUUGAUAAUGAUGAUGAUGAUGAUGAUGAUGAUGUUGAUGAUGGCGACGAGGAUGAGAUGAAGCCCCACGGCCCGAGCUGUGUUGAGAGGGCCCUUUGUGCUUUGCGGGUGUGUGUUGGGGUUGGGGCUGCUGUUUGGGACUCUUCGGUGAAACCACGCAUGAGCCAUGAUGAAGCAGCGGCCAGCUCCGACUAUGAAGAUCCGGAAGAGCUCACACCGUGGGACCAUCGUGACGGCGAUCCUCCUAGGCCUCCUUUCGGUGCUGGUCCACCUCGUGGACCGCCGCCACCCAUGCCAGUGGGUGGAGCCUUACCAGCCAGAGCAAUCCGGGCAGCUGCCAGGGACACCCCGCCUCUUGAUGUGGACACGGAGCAAGCCUCAGGUCCUGGCGACUGGGAAUGGGAUCACCCUGACGGGCCUCAACCUGUUCUGGUGUAUGAGGAGAAUGUAGUGCGGCGCCUUGCCCGCGUGGCAGGACCUCUUCUGCCCUCAGGUCGCUUCGAAGCCUCCUCCUCUUCCAGCUCGAGCUCCACAGACGGCGAAGGAGGCGAUACCUCCUCCGGCAGAACCAUCAACUCGCCGCCGGCCGGCGAGGACCCAGACCCUCACGGGGACAAUGACCUCGAGUUCUCCGACACAUCCUUGUACCUGGAAGGACAAAACCUGGCAGAUGCAAAGGAGUUCAUCUAUGGACAGUACAGACUGGAGUGUAUGGAGCGAGCAGAGUCGGAGGGAGUUGAACUCUCUUCGAGAUCCCUUGCAGGGCAGGUUGGAGCAGCCAAGAGACGAUUGGGGCCCUUGGACUGGGCAAGAGUCCAGUCUUGGGCUCGUGUUAGGCUCACGGGCCCUAGAGCAGAGAGGUGGCACGACUAUGAGUAUCGAGCCACACACGAGCUACCACGGGGAAGACGAGACCGAAGCGCGCCAGACUUCGAGCUAGUCAAUCAGAAACAGGUUACACCUGGUAUCGCGGACGAUGGAAUCGCGGAGAAGCUGCCAACAGGUCGCGCAGGCCCAUUCCGGCACUUCAAGGAGCCCAGUCUCGUUGAGCACAUCCCAGGAAAGGCUAUUGGGCCAGCUAAACUCGCUGGACCUCUGACUGAUUGCCCUGUUGGGGCCUGGCCGAAAUCAGCUGCAGCAGACCGCCCGACUCUGAAUGUCGUGGCUCUUCAAGACUCAGUGCAAGCCGGUGACCCCAAGGCUCUUGCGCUCCGUGCGACGGUCGCAGCCAAACUGCAGCAGCUGCCAGUUGCCCUGGACCUAGUCCAGCUACGCACCGCUGUCAAUAAUACCCUGCUUGAACUGGCCACUGCCAAAGCAGAUCUGCGUGUCUGUGCCCAAGCUGACUUCAAAGCCAGUGCCAAGCAAACCUGGGCACUGUAUCACCAGGCGAAGCGACCAGGGCCUCGCUCCUUGCAACGCCUGCUUCAACAGUGGAGGUACCUUGUGCUCUUCAGGCGUGCCUCGCAAUCCCUGAGGCAACAAAGUCGUGAGAUCAAGCGUGACUUCUACUUGCGUCAGGUUGCCGAGGCCGAGCAGGCUGCAGCCAACGGGGACCAAAGAGGCCUCUACUCAGUAAUCCGUCGAUUGAAGUCUAAGGGCCGACAGCGAGCCUCCAGGACGAAAAAUCCUGAUCAAACUCCGAUGCUUCCGGAGCAGGAAAUGCAGGCUGUGCUGCAGUACAGCCGAUCCACCUUCGCCUGCAUGCAGGAUGCCUGUGAGCCUGCUGCACUCCUCGAGGGUCUUGCCCUCAGCAACGAGGAGUAUGCUGCUCAGCUCAAGAGCCUGGGCCUCCGCAAAGCAGUGCCACAGCAUGUGGCACCCACUGCAAUCUGGAGGUUGUGUGCCACCGACAUCUCUCGGGUGUUGGGUCCAGCUCUCAGGCAGCACUUUGACGUCGGGCGUCAGCCCGUUCUGGACGAGGACUGGACCGCAGCCUACAUCUCGUGGUUGCCGAAGCCGGGGAAGCGGCCGGAACAGGUUGGAGAUAUGAGGCCAAUCGGGCUCAUGUGUCCCUCUAGCAAAGCACUGGCAGGCUCCAUACGGCAGAAACUUGUGGGCACUCUCCACGAACUUCUUCGGUGGCUACCCCAGUUUGCAUAA